AUGGAUAUGACUUUUAGAGUUAAAUCAGAAAGUUUAGAUGUCCAAGCUGAGUUUGGACUAGUGUCUAAUCUCAUUUCAAUAGUUUGCAGAUUUGUUUUCCAGCCGAUCGAAGAAAUGUCUUUCAAUUUAUUCUCAAAAUACAAUACAAAAAAGAUAAAUGCAGAUGAAAAAAAAGAUCAAUAGAGUAACGGAUAAUUUAAAAGUCCACUAUUCAUCCUUGCAAAGAUAACAUAGUUUUUGGGUAUAAUAGGUUUCGGUAUGAUAAUCUUUGGUGUUUUCUUUUCUAAAUUAUUCAUAAGAAUAGUGUAUACAGAAAAAUGGGCAACUGAUUCAGCUUAGUAAAUUAUGCAAGCUUACUGUAUCUACACAUUCUUUAUGGCAUUAAAUGGUGUAACAGAGGCAUAUAUCUAUGCAAAAGCUCAUAGUGAAAUGAUGAGAAAACUUCAGACAGGUUUAGUAAUUACCUCUCUAUUGAUUGGAAUUCAAGGAUUGAUAUAUGGAAAUUGUAUAAAUAUGGGAAUGAGAAUUGUGAUGAGUCUCUAUUACUCAAUUGAUAUUGAAUUAAAAGAAACUUAAUAGUCAAGUAAAAUGUAGAUCCUCAAGAGAUUCUUUAAAGAUGUUGUGACAGUAGAUUUUAAAACGAUUAUAGAAAUGGUAAAAAAUAGAAGAAAUUGA